AUGAGUAGUGACGCGCUGGCGAACGAGGCUCCCGUCAACUACGACCUGUUGCGGCAGUUGAGUCACUCGCUGCCCGAGUUAUGGGAGUUUUACGAGUCCGUUAUCUGCGCUCCCAGUAACAUGCGUCCGUCUGAGGGUCGCGUGCCGACCUCGUUGGACAGCCAGGAGCACGCUCAAGGAACGUACCCAACUAGGCCGGUUGUCGAACGACCGUUGCACGCUGCUCCGAAACCCCCCGUGUCCCUGCAACGGCGGCAGCGGGUAGCGGAUCGCAUCUGGGAGCACCUCUGGACCAAGGCACGGGAGGCAUCGCCGACUUUUCGUGCCGCUCGCGCCUUACUCGCGCGUAUCGUCGAGCGCCUGGAGGUGCUCAUGUACCGUCGCGCCGUAGACGGCUCCACUUACGCAAACAUGGCGAGUCACCUGGUGCGGCGUAUUCGCAGCUGGGACGUUGAGCGCAUCGCAUCCGUCGAGACGCUAUUUCUAUACCUAUCCGCUACGUUCGUUCACGACAUGCUCGGUAAUACGAACGGCUGA